AUGGAGGCACAUGAGAAGACAGAUUUGGUGCUGAGGACAUUCAGAUGUCUGAUUGCAGACUUGUGCCAUCAGUUCGGAUGUGGGCACCCAGGCUCCGCCAUGGGAAUGGCAGCCAUCGGUGUUGCACUCUGGAAAUACGUGAUGAAGUACUCGCCUUCGAACCCAGACUUCUUCAAUCGAGACCGAUUCGUGCUCAGCAACGGCCACGCAUGUCUCUUCCAAUACGCAUUUCUUCACCUCGUGGGUUACAAGCAGAUGACGUGGGAGCAAUUGCUAUCAUAUCACUCUGUCUCGUAUACCUCAAUCACUCCUGGACAUCCCGAGAUCGAGAUUGACGGUGUUGAGGUGACGACUGGACCUCUCGGACAAGGCGUCGCCAACGCUGUUGGGCUGGCAAUGGCCAGCAAGAACCUUGGUGCUACAUACAACCGCGACGGAUACGAUGUUGUCAACAACAUGACCUGGUGCAUGAUUGGAGACGCUUGCUUGCAAGAGGGUGUGGGAAUGGAGUCGUUCCAGCUGGCGGGCCACUGGAAGCUUAACAACCUUUGCGUAAUCUACGACAGGAACGAGAUCACAUGCGACGGAUCCGUCGACAUUUGCUCGUCGGACGAUGUUAACGCGAAGAUGCGGGCUGUUGGGUGGAAUGUCUUGGAAGUCGCAGACGGGAACCACGAUGUGGAUUCGAUUGUCAAGGCGCUUGUUCAAGCUCGUGCUUCGAAGGACAAACCGACAUUCAUCAACAUCCGAACAGUCAUUGGUGUUGGUAGCCAGGUGGCCGGUGACGCGAAGGCCCAUGGAGCGGAUCUGGGUGAGAAGGAUGUUGCACAUGUCAAGCAGACGUACGGCAUGGACCCAGAGAAGACUUUCGUGGUUUCGGACGAAGUGUACGACUACUUCCGCGAAGCUGUACACAGGGGUCAGCAGCUCGAGAAGGACUGGUCACAACUCGUAUCGAACUACUCCAGAGAACACCCAGAGCUCGCCGCUGAGUUCGACAAGCGAGUCAAAGGCGAGUUCCUCGACGACUGGACCAAGCUGAUCCCCAAGCUCGACGAUCUCCCAACGGAAGAUACGCCCUCGAGGAAGUCGGCUGGUACCGCACUCCAGCCCAUCGCUGAGAAAUGCAGGAACGUCUUAGUCGGUACCGCCGACUUAACACCCUCAGUCAACAUGGCCUGGAAAGGCAAAGUCGACUUCCAAAACCCCGACCUCAGAACCGCCUGCGGCAUCAACGGCGACUACAGCGGGCGAUACAUCCACUGGGGCAUCCGCGAACACGCCAUGGCCUCGGCCUCCAACGGCAUGGCCGCCUUCAACAAAGGCACAUUCCUCCCGGUAACCUCCUCCUUCUUCAUGUUCUACAUCUACGCCGCCCCGGGCGUGCGCAUGGGCGCCUUGCAAAACCUCCAAGUCAUCCACAUCGCCACGCACGACUCGAUCGGCACCGGCGAAGACGGCCCCACGCACCAACCCAUCGAACUCGCCGCGCUCUACCGCGCCAUGCCCAACUUCCACUACAUCCGUCCAGCGGACAGCGAAGAAGCCGCGGGCGCCGUCAUCGCCGCCAUCAACGCCACAGAAACCCCCUCCAUGAUCUCCGUCUCCCGCCAAAAAGUCCCCCAAUACCCACAACACUCCUCCCGCGCCGGCGUGCAAAAAGGCGCCUACGUCUUCCUGGAAGAAAAAGACGCCGACGUCACGCUCAUCGGCGUCGGCGCCGAGAUGCGCUUCGCCGUCGAAGCCCGCGAGGCCCUCGUCGCGAAGGGCCUCAAAGCCCGCAUCGUCUCCUUCCCCUGCCAGCGCAUUUUCGAGGCCCAGUCGCGGGAGUACAAGCGCUCCGUGCUGGGCACCGCGCCGCGCGUCGUCAUCGAGGCGUACUCCCCCAACGGCUGGGAGCGCUACGCCGACGCCGGGUACUCGAUGCAUUCGUUCGGGCAGUCUUUGACGGGGAAUGUGGUGUAUGAGCGGUUUAAUUAUAAUGGGGAGAAGAUCGCGGUGAAGGUGAAGGAGUUGGUGGAGGAUGUGAGGAGGGAUGGGGUGGGGAGUUUGAGGGGGGAGUUUAGGGAUAUGAAUGAUUAUGAGAGGGAUGUGCAGUUUGCGGCUUAUCAUAAGAAGCAUUGA